AUUUGGAAUCCAGCGUCGGUCUCAAUGUGCCAGUCCUGUCUUCUGCGCGUGAAUGUGUGCGACCGGAUCCGCCAGGCGCGGGGAGGUGUACGAGCUCUGUCCUAAUGCAGACCGAAAACAUGGAGGUCCCGGCCCUUAAUCACAUUAACACUAAUAGCAUCAAACAGAAGCUCGCGGCUAACGGCAAAGAUGGGUUCAAGAAUCAGCGAAAGGAUUCGGAGGGCUCCAUGGAGUCGCCAAAUCUGGAGUUUGAGUACGGAGACACAGACAGCACAAUGGCAGAGUUAUCAGAACUUUACAGUUACACAGAAGAUCUUGAGUUCAAUCUCAACAGGGAGUACUUUGAGGAGGACUUCAGGAGACAUGUAAAAGAGCGCAAGUGGGUCGAUCUAAAGUGGGCGGAGCAGCAGGCCCAUGUGAUGCGCCUGCUGGAUGCGCUGGAGGUGACCAACCGCGACAAGAGACUACGAGUGGCCAGAGCUAUCCUCUACCUGGCCCAGGGUGUGUUUGGAGAUUGCUGCAGUGAGGAGGACGUGUUGCGCUGGUCACGGUCCAACGUCUUCCUGCUCUAUGAGAUGGGCAUCUUCUCCGCUCUUCUGGAACUGCUCAGCAUGGAGAUCGAAAAUAGUCAGGCUUGCAGCAGUGCUGUGAGGAAGCCGGCCAUAUCUCUGGCAGACAGCACGGAACUCAGGGUACUGCUCAGUAUAAUGUACCUGAUGGUUGAGGUGAUGCGGCAGGAGUCAGAAGAGGACGGACCAGAGUGGAGGAACGCAAGACAGGCUUUUAGAUCUGAGCUGGGGUGUCCUGUGUAUAAUGGGGAGCCGUUUGCCCUCCUGCUCUUCACCAUGGUGACCAAGUUCUGCAGCAUGAACGCUCCACACUUCCCCAUGAAGAAGGUGCUGUUGCUGCUGUGGAAGACUGUCCUGUUCACCCUGGGGGGCUUUGAGGAGCUACAGCAGCAGAAAGUGUGUGUGCGUGAGCGGGAGGGGCUGCCUGCUCUGCCGGAGGAUCCGCUGCAGGUCGUCAGGGUGAUGAGAGCCGCCUCCCCCCCAGCGUCUGCCAUGGAGCUCAUCGAGCAGCAGCAGAAGAGAGGACGACGCAGCCGCCGGAGUGCCUAUGUUGAUAGUUUGGAAGGAGACAGUCCCUUUGCCAAGAAACAGCCUCUGAUGAAGCAGGAUAGCUUGGACACGUAUAACGAGCGCGACCCCUUUAAGAACGACGACACGCGGGACGAGGAUGAGGAGGCAGAAGAUGCUGAGGGCUCUCUGGAGACGGAGGUGGACCCCCUUGAUCGUGACAUCAUCCAGCGCCGUGAUGUCAUCAUCCAGCCCCCCCCCAUGCCCCCUCCUCUGCGCCCCCCCUCAGAGAGAGUGACCUUGCCCAGGGGUCUGCCCUGGGCCCCCAAGGUCAGGGAGAGGGAUAUUGAGCAUUUCCUGGAGAUGAGCAGGAACAAAUUCAUUGGCUUCACUCUGGGAAGUGACACUGAGACUCUGGUAGGACUCCCCAGGCCAAUUCAUGAGAGUGUAAAGACCCUCAAACAGCAUAAGUAUGUUUCGAUGGCAGAAGUCCAGAUAAAGAGGGAGGAGGAGCUUCAGCAAUGCCCCAUGACCAUGGGGGAAGAGGAAGUGGAAGAGACCCCAGCUGAGAUCCUUUACCAGGGAAUGUUGCCCAACCUCUCCCAGUAUGUGAUUGCACUCUUGAAGCUCCUACUGGCUGCAGCUCCAACCUCUAAAGCCAAAACAGACUCCAUCAACAUCCUCGCCGACGUGCUUCCAGAAGAGAUGCCUGUGACCGUGCUGCAGAGCAUGAAGCUUGGGAUCGAUGUGAACCGGCACAAAGAGAUCAUUGUGAAGGCCAUCUCAGCUCUCCUGCUGCUGCUGCUGAAGCAUUUCAAACUAAACCACAUAUACCAGUUUGAGUACAUCUGUCAACAUCUGGUGUUUGCCAAUUGCAUUCCUCUCAUUCUCAAGUUUUUCAACCAGAAUAUCAUGUCCUACAUCAGUGCUAAAAACAGCAUAUGUGUACUGGACUUCCCCCACUGUGUGGUUCAUGACAUGCCAGAGCUGACAGCAGAAAGCUUGGAGGCGGGUGAUAGUGGAGAGUUCUGCUGGAGGAACCUCUUCUCCUGCAUCAACCUCCUCCGAGUCCUCAACAAACUCACCAAGUGGAAGCACUCCAGAACCAUGAUGCUGGUGGUGUUUAAGUCUGCUCCCAUCCUGAAGAGGGCGCUAAAGGUAAAGCAGGCCAUGAUGCAGCUGUACGUGCUGAAGCUUCUGAAGAUCCAGACCAAGUACCUGGGCCGUCAGUGGAGGAAGAGCAACAUGAAGACCAUGUCCGCCAUCUACCAGAAAGUGCGGCACAGGCUGAACGAUGACUGGGCUUACGGCAAUGACAUCGACGCGCGCCCAUGGGACUUCCAGGCGGAGGAGUGUGCUCUGCGCGAGAGCAUCGAGAAGUUCAACGCGCGGCGCUACGAGCGAGGCCAGCUCGGCGACUUCACGCCCGUGGAUAACUGCCUGCAGAGCGUACUCAGCCAGCCCGUGGAGCUACCGGAGGACUUCCCCUUCAGCUACCAACUCUGGCUGGAGAGAGAGGUCUUCGGCCCGCCCAUUCAGUGGGAGGGGCUACUGCAGCAGCACUGAGGGGCUAGAGGGGGAGGGGCUCUGGCUGGAGGGUCCAUCCA